AUGUCUGUUAAAAUUUCUUCGGUGCCUGUAUCUUCACAAUUGCAUGGAGCUGAUUUUUUUCCAAAGAAGCUUGGAAACAUGAAAACGUUAGAAGAGUUGUCGUUAGGAUUUAAUGACAAAGGAAGGUCUGAGAUACCUGUUGGUUUACAUAGUUUGACAAGUUUGUCUUCCUUGAAAAAAUUGAAUCUCAAUUGGAGACAAAUUGAAGAAAAAACCUUGCCUAAGUGUGUUGCUGUAAAUCAUCGUUUAAGAAUCGCUAUUCCUGGAAGAAAGAUUCCAAGCUGGAUCAAACAAGAAAAGGAUGGGUGCAGAAUAGCAUUGAAGUUACCUCACAAAUGGCAUACCAGGAUGAUGGGUUUCGUGGUUUGUGGUGUGUUUCAUGGAAGCUGGCUGUCACAUUAUGCUUCUCCUCGCAUCACCUUCAACAUUGUAACUGACGGAAAGAUGUAUCAUGAUCUUCAACCUCAAGAUUGGUCUCAUAUUCAACGUUAUCUUGAUAUUACAGUAAUGUUAGGAUAUGUACGAUCCCUAAGAUGUGGGGCACAUGUUAUCUAUAAAGAAGACGUCCAACAGAUUACAAAUUGUAUCUCUGAUUACGGUAAUGUGGUGCAUGUAGAUAAUGAGGAUCAAGGAUAUGAUGAAGUUAUCUCCGCCAACACCUACAAAUGUGCUGUUGGAAAUCAUGGCUUAAGUAUUACUAUCCCUGGAAGUAUCAUUCCAAGUUGGUUCGAAAAAGAAAUGGAUGGGUGCAGAAUAAGAAUGAAGCUACCUCAGAAAUGGCAUACUGAGUUCAUGGGUUUGUGGUAUGUGGUGUGUUUACUUACCGGCAGUCGCGAUAUAAACUCUAUAAAAAGUUUGGGUUUCUCUGCUAGAGAUUUGAUGGGAAUACUUAGAUAA